AUGGCUGCAUCCUCCAGCCUGAUACUACCCAAGAGCGAGCUGUCCAAGGAAGAGCUGUUCACUGCGAAAUCAUCACUCCAAGAAUAUCAGCCAUGGUUACUCGAUGACCAUCCACUGCGCUCAUACCCGACUCAAUGUAUCCCGGGCCUGGGACCGGUGCUGAGAAGCGGCUUCAAAUCGUUUCGCGUGCGCUGGAAGGAGCACUCGCUUCGCGCCGUUUGCCUUAUCCUGGCAUCCUUGUACGUCGUUGUUUUGGCAACCCAUGCCGCUUACCUGCUGACUCCUUUUGACAGUGCUGCAUACGAGGGCCUCCGCGCGCUCGCCGGUUCUAUAUUCCCGCAGCCCACAGUGGCAGGGAUACAUCCACGCAGCUAUCCUAAUGCAUGCACCUUCCCGCACCCGGAUACCCGACCAAAUGCCCUGUCGCGGUCUCUCGCUGCUGGGUGCGACGGCCUUAAUACCGCGCUCUGGUUAGACGAAGACGUACUGAAGAUUGGCGCUCCCACCUCGAGUCGCAAAACAGAGAAUGCCCUGCAGCGGCUAAGUCUCAACCCGCUUGUAUCCCGGCUCGACGAUGAAGUCACCACCGACAACUCACAAGCUCCCCUGACGGCUGCUGAUCCGUCCGAUGAUGCUGCGCAGUCAUUCCUUCUCAUCUUGGAUACCAAGUCUCCACUCCCUGACGUAAAGGGAUACCUGACCCACUGGGAUCAGGAUCGGAUUGUCUCUCGCCGCGUGACGGUUGUUGUUACGGGGGAUGACGUGUCCGAGACCGACUGCUCGACGCAUUCCUACUCUGAUGUCUUUUAUAUGGCAUCACCGGAGGACUCGGCGGUGACUGGUUCCCAUCUGAGUGACGUUCUCCCUAACGUAUCACCGAUUUGUCUUACGUGA